GCCAGGCUGGCCCACCUCCGCCCGACCUGGACGCCCGCCAGCACGCCACGGUGGUGCUGCUCGGCGGCAGCGGCGCGGGCAAGACGCUGCUCCUGGGCGCGCUGCUCCGCGCCGCCGGCGCGUGGGACUCCCGAGCGCUCGAGAAGCUCGCCAGGGAGCAGCGGCAGGCGGAGAGCGGCGGUGCCCAGCCGCCGCCGGCGGAGGCCUGGGCGGAGCUCUGCGCCACGGAGGGCUGGAGGUUCACCCUCAUGGACCCCGGCAGGCAGCGAGGGUGCACGAGCCAGGCGUGGGCGGCGGCGGCGCAGGCGGACGUAGCCGUCCUGGUCGCGUCGGCGCGGCGGGCGGAGCUGGCGGCCGGCGCCGCGGCGCGCGUCGGGCACGCGUGCGAGCACGCGUCGCUGGCCAGGGCGGUCGGGCUGGAGGGGAGGCUGGUGGUCGCCGUGAACAAGAUGGACGACGGCGAGGGAGAGGGGCCUUGGAGCAGCAAGCGCUUCGAGGCCGCGCGGUCCAGCAUCUCCGCGGCGCUGCGAGGCGCGGGCCUGCAGCACGACCAGGAGACGUCGAGAAGCCGCUGCGGAGCUGCUGGCGUCUCCCCUCACCCUGCGCCGAAGAGGGUCGACUUCGUGCCCGUGAGCGCGGCGACCGGCGGGAACCUCGGGGCGCCGGAGGGGGCCUGCGCGGGCUGGUACUCCGGGGGCCCGCUUCUGGAGGUGCUGGAGGCCUGCGCCCUCCAGGCGCGGGGCGGCGGCGGCGGCGGGCCGGGGCCGGCGAGGGUGUCGGUGACAGGCCUCGAGUGGAGGGGCGGCGUGGCGUGGACCCGCGGGCUCGUGGUGGAGGGCGAGCUGCGCGGCGGCACCGCUGUCCGGCUGCUGCCCCGCGGGCCCGAGUGCGGCGUUGUCUGCGUCGAG